AUAUAACACUCCCAACUACCAUUUAAAAUUGAAUAUAAUAAACUUUUAAUAUUCAUUUUAAAUUCAAAUAAUUAAAAGAAAAUGUCAAUUAUUGCUUCCAGAAUUCCAAAGACUGUCACAACUGAAAAGCUCACUGAGUUUUUCUCAUUUUGUGGUAAGAUAAAGGCUGUUAAUCCAAUUAAGUCUACUGAAGAGAAAUUUCAAUCCGUUGAAGUUAUUUUUGAAUCUGAAAAGGCAUUGCAAACUGCCCUUUUGCUUAAUGAAGCAGAAUUAGAUGGUGUUGCCAUUAAGGUUGUGCAAGCUGAAUCUGGUGGUCUUCCACUGUAUUCUGAAGCCGCACCAUCUGGGGGUGUUACACAUGGUGAUCACAAGUUUCAAAAUGAUGCCUUGGCUACUGGGGAUAACACUUAUGAUGAUGUUUCUCAAGAAGAAAAGCCAAAGUAUGCCAUUAUGGCUCAACUUCUUGCCUCUGGGUAUGUUGUUUCAGACAAAUUGAUUGAUCAAGCAAUUAAGACCGAUUCUGAAAAGGGGUAUUCUGCCAAGUUUAUGUCAUUUUUAGAAAACUUGGACAAAAAAUGGAUUCAUAGUCAAGAACCACAAUCUACUGCCAAUAAAACUACAGAACAAGUAUCUUCUAAGCUUACUGAAUGGACCAAUGCCUUUAGUAAAUCUGGAUACAAGACUAAACUUGAUCAUUAUUAUGAACAAGCUACCGCUCAUCCAUACGGAAAGAAGGUUUCUCAAUUCUACAAGCAAGUUGCUAAGGAUGCAAAGGAUGUCCACGCUGAAGCUCGUAGAUUAGCUGAGUUGAAAAAGAGUCAAUCAACACCUACAGAAUCGACUCCAAGCUCAACCACUGCCACUCCUGCUGAGACCAUCAAGCCAAAACCUCUUAAUUAAUUGUGUAUAUUAAACCUAAUGAGAUUUAAUGAUAAUC